AUGAGUCUCGGAUUGUAAGUCGACGCACUCUUGAAACUCGUACACGCAUGACUCACAAGCUCAUACCAUCUCGUCCCCCCCCGCACACAGCUAUUCACCCUUCUCCAACCUCAUCGAUGAUCUGACCACUCCCUACGCGAUCUACAUCGAUGGAGCCAACCAUGGCAGUGGAGCAGGCGAAGGAGGUAACAAGGUAGCUGCUGCUGCUAGACCUCCACGCAAGAAUUGGACCCCUUCCGAAAUUUGGGGAGGUCCUAGGCUCGACAUUCACGAGCAUCACGACAAGGUGCGUGCAUCGAUGCAAGGGCAAAUGGCUCGUGGGCGGCCCGAGAGCAAAAGUCGUUCAUCAAGAUUGACCCCCUCCUCUCUCUUGUGCUCAUUCGAUUCCUCUUCAUCGGCGCCACAGUUCACCGUCACCGCCGAAAUUCCGGGAGUGGCAAAGGAAGACAUUUCGCUAGAAGUGGACGACAAGAAGCGACGCGUGACUGUUCAAGGUGCUUUCAAGAACGAGUACUCUUCGGACGCAUCAUCCAGCGACGUCAAAGCUCGACAAGCCAAAGCGGAGGGUAAAGUCGCUCAUCCUCUACUGCUAGAACGUCAUUAUGGAUCCUUUUCCCGUUCUUUCGCCUUGCCACCCACAGCUAAUCUGAACGCUGUCAGCGCAAAGUAUGAGAAUGGCUUGCUCAAGUUGGAGAUUGCCAAAAAGGACAAGGAGGAGGCUAGCAAGCCUAGAAGCAUCGCCAUCUCGUCGUGA